UUUCCAAUUCUUUAGCUUACCUGCAGUUCGACCGAUCUUUAGUGCUCAUUCUCGAUCCAAAAUCUCUACUUUCCAGGAAAAUAUUCAUCUUUCUUGCGUUCUGAGCUGUUUCUCCCAUCUGGGCAUGUUUGGUUGCUGAAAAAAUUUUAGAAUGCCAGUGUCAACUAGGUCUCAAGCUAUCAAUCCUUUACAAAAUGGUCCAAGUGAAGACCAUGGGAGUCUUCACUUGAGAAAUCCACACCAUGGCUUGAAAGAGAAGAUGAAAGCUUUGUCUUCACUGUAUGAGCAGCAAAAGAAAGCCUCUUUAGGUCUCAAGAAUCCGUCUCCGAAGCCUGAAGACAAGAGGUUCUUAACACAUCCAAGCGUGGAUCUACUCAGUUCUUGCAAAAGAGAGGAAAAAGAUUUAAAAGAGUCGAAAUCAUAUGCCAUGAAAGAGAACAACAUGCCCACAAAUCCUUCAAUGGCUAAUUCAACAGUAACAAGAACCUUUGUGUUGCCUCAGCCUCCUAUUGAUGAUGCGAAAGAGAACAUGGUGGUGGGUUCAGAUCGGAUCCUCGGGUUUCCAUCUAGCACAAGAAGGGCAGGUGUUACAGUGGCAAGAAAGCUAGUAAUGGGAGGUUUGGGGACACAAACGGAACCAAGAGGGAUCAAUCAAAAUGGGUCUAAGAUUGUGCAAGAUACAGAGAGAUUAGAGGCUGUUAUGAACAAAAAUGGGACCAGGGAGAGCCGGAUUCUUGUGUUUGUGAGGCUUAGGCCAAUGGCCAAGAAGGAGAAAGACGCAGGUUCGCGAUGUUGUGUCAGGAUUGUGAACAGGAAAGACGUUUAUUUGACAGAAUUUGCCAAUGAGAAUGACUAUCUUAGGCUAAAGAGGCUCCGUGGGCGGCACUUCACAUUUGAUGCUUCCUUUCCAGAUUCAACUCCUCAACAUGAAGUUUAUUCCGUAACGACCGCGGAGCUUGUUGAAUCAGUUCUGCAGGGGAGGAAUGGGUCGGUGUUCUGCUAUGGCGCCACAGGAGCUGGAAAAACUUAUACAAUGUUGGGUACCGUCGAGAACCCAGGUGUCAUGGUUUUGGCAAUCAAGGAUCUCUUCACCAAAAUUAGGCAGAGGAGUGGUGAUGGAAACCAUGUAGUUCAUCUCUCCUAUCUUGAGGUUUAUAACGAAACUGUCAGAGAUUUGCUCUCUCCUGGAAGGCCCCUAGUCCUCAGAGAAGAUAAACAGGGGAUCGUGGCAGCAGGUCUUACACAAUAUAGAGCUUAUUCAACAGAUGAAGUAAUGGCGAUGCUUCAAAGAGGAAACCAAAACCGAACCACUGAACCAACUCGUGUGAACGAGACAUCUUCACGUUCUCAUGCUAUUCUGCAGGUGGUGGUUGAAUACCGAGUCAAGGACGCAUCCAUGAACAUCGUCAAUAGAGUGGGAAAGCUUUCGCUAAUUGAUCUGGCGGGGUCAGAAAGAGCGCUGGCCACUGAUCAGAGAACUCUUAGGUCACUUGAGGGAGCAAACAUAAACCGUUCACUUCUUGCAUUAAGUAGCUGCAUCAAUGCUCUUGUUGAAGGGAAGAAACAUAUACCCUACAGAAACUCAAAGCUUACUCAACUUCUCAAGGACUCGUUAGGGGGAGCUUGCAACACUGUUAUGAUUGCUAAUAUCAGUCCAAGUAAUGCCUCAUUUGGGGAAACUCAAAACACCUUGCACUGGGCUGAUCGUGCCAAGGAGAUCCGAACCAAGGCAAGUGAGGCAAGUGAAGCAAAUGAGGAGAUACAGAGACUACCUGAAUUUGAAACUGAUCAGGCCAAACUCUUGCUGGAAUUGCAAAAAGAGAAUCGUGAAUUGCGUUCAUUAUUGGCACGCCAACAACAAAAGCUGCUGACUGUCCAAGCACAAUGCUUGGCUGCAAAGUCCUCUCCAACCCCUUCUUCAGUCACGUCUCUCUUAACUCCUCCGUCCACUGCCCAACCGAAUGAAAAACAAAGAGCUAGACCGUCUUUCUUAACUGGUAAUUGUUUCACACCAGAAUCCAGGAAAAAGGGAGCAGAGGAAGUAGUCAGAGAACUUAGGCAGAAUGUGAAGGCAUUGGAGGGAGAAAUUGAGAGAAUGAAAAAAGAUCACGCGUUGCAGCUAAAGAAAAAGGAUGAAAUUAUUCGUGAGCAUUCACGAAAGAGCAACAAACCAUCAGUAGGAGGAGGAUUGGAAGGGACAAAAAGGAUAGUAACAAGGGCUAGCUUGCGCCCGAAGGGAGUAGAUACUGGAGAACUGAAGAGCCCUAGUUACCGGUUUCAAUCACCAGCCCCAACAGCAAAGAAACGAAGCUUUUGGGACAUAACAACUGCCAAUAGCCCAUCAGUUAGUACUUUAAAGGGAAGAAAAACCAGAAGUCAUGUUAAUCCAGAACCUGCUGCAGCCCCCUCCAUGCUUCUUCAGCUUGCAUAUCCAUGUUUCCGGUUUAUGGUCAUGUUCGGACUGCGUGUUGCAAAUCACAUCAUUCAGCCAGGUUUUGCUCGUCAAAGGUGAAAGAGGAGGUUCAGGGAAAAAGGCAAGGAGACAACCAUUAUGUUAUCUACCCAUAUUUCUUCCUGAGAGAUUGCUUCUGCUCAAAUUCGAAGAAAAGAUCGUUACUUGGUAGGUAUUUGUUUCUUCAUUACUCGCAUGGGAUGCAGAAACCAUGCCCCCACAAGAGAGAUUGUGUUGCUUAUCAUAUUACGUUGUCCUUUUAAGCUUGGACUGUAUUUUUCCCAAGACUUGCUAAAUCCAAGCUUUUUUAGGGUGUUUGGCUAGCAUUCGUGUAAAGAAAGUAUCUAUUUGUACUAAUCUUCUUGUGUCAUUCAAGUUUCAAUUAUAGUGUGUAAUUCAUUUAUAAACUUGAAUUAACAUUAAAUUUGAAGUCUA